CGUCAUAUCCGGUUUCCACCAACCCUGUCAGUGUGCUAGCGGACAAGCAGCUUUAGUCCACUCUACGUUACAUUUUGAGGACUUCUCUGCCGCUACUUUAAUGUUGACACGACGGGAUUGAGUAUCUAAAAGGAAAGGAAACCCCUUGAUCUCGCACUCAGGAUGCCCUGCCACAAUCAACAGCUGAACAAUGUCAACAGUGGUCAGGAGCACCCAAUGAAGCAAGUGCGAUUUGCAAACAACAGCAGCAGCAGUAGUGUGCUGCCCACCUCUGAAGCCUCUGAUGGCAGCAGCAUACAGACUGACGGCAGCCAGGACACUGUGGGACCUCAGCUCAAACUGCUCCCUCUCAAUGACCAGAUCCGGGAGUUACAGACCAUAAUCAGAGACAAGACAACCAGCAGAGGAGACUUUGUGUUUUGUGCUGAUCGACUGAUCAGACUAGUAGUUGAAGAGGGUUUGAAUCAGCUCCCCUACUCGGAGUGCACUGUGACCACGCCAACAGGGUACAAGUAUGAAGGUGUCAAGUUUGAAAGAGGCAACUGUGGAGUCAGCAUAAUGAGGAGUGGUGAGGCCAUGGAGCAGGGUCUCCGGGACUGCUGCCGCUCCAUCCGCAUUGGCAAGAUCCUCAUCCAGAGUGAUGAGGAGACACAGAAAGCCAAGGUCUUCUAUGCCAAGUUCCCCCCUGAUGUGUACAGAAGAAAAGUGCUGCUCAUGUACCCUAUCCUUAGUACCGGCAACACUGUGAUCGAGGCGGUGAGAGUGCUGAUCGAGCACGGAGUCCAGCCCAGACAUAUUAUCCUCCUCAGCCUUUUCUCCACGCCUCAUGGAGCCAAAUCUAUAAUCCAGGAGUUCCCUGAUAUCACCAUCUUGACCACGGAGGUCCACCCGGUGGCGCCGACACAUUUUGGCCAGAGGUACUUUGGCACCGACUGAACCGGGGACAAUAUGAGGAACAUGACCUACAAAUUGUUUUGAGUAUAUUUUGUCUUGUUUAUUUAAAUGUUUCUCAUGUUCUCCUUGUUGUGCCAAAUAAUGCUACUCUAUCUCCAAAGUUCCUAAACUGAUACAAAAUUAUUAAUCUGAGCAACUGUAUUUAUUACUGUUGCUUUUUUUUCUUGCUGUGUAUCCUCAUGCUAAAGAAAGAGAACAUCAGUGAACUGUAUAAAGAGUUCAGCUUGGAUCAUUUUAUUUUGCAUGUUACAACAACCGAUGGAAAAUAAAUAAUUUAUAUUUGUUAAAAGACAGAACAGCAAAUGAAACAGUUUCAGUACUUUCAAUGGUUUAGAGGUGUUGAAAUAAGGAAGCACCACAAUCACAUACUAUACAAAAUAAAGAUAUAAAAGGGA